AUGCCGUCCGACACUCAGGGAAACAUCUGUGGCGUCGACAAGGGCUACGAAAACAAGCCCUAUGUGUUCUUUUUCGACUUAACAAAGUGCGCGUUAGCCAACUCCGCCAUCUUCGGCUGCGCGACGCCGCAGAUCUGCGUGGAAAAGUGCCCCGACACGUACUUCUUCCGUGCACCUCUAGACCUUCUGAAAAACUCCGCGUACAACUUGACGCUGGAGAAAGAACUGAAAAAGAACCUGAAGUAUUGCCUACCGGAUACCGACAUGACCAUGCCGUACGAGCGGCUGGCGGACGGCUACCACUGCCCUUCGUGGUACACCCGCUCGCGGCCGGUGUCCGGCCGCUGCCUGCCCGUGUCGGUCGCCGACUCGGUGCAUAAGCUGAACAACCUCUCGGAGGCCCUGCGCCAAGAACUGACCGACCGACAGGCCCGCGGUCACAGCCGCAGCGGGGUCCAGUACCGCUUGCAGGCGGCCCACGGCCGGCCGAACAGCACCAGUCGGCUGAACGGCACCAGCCAACCAGGCAGCACCAGCCAGCCCGACAGUGUGACCCCGCCGUCAGAGCCGGAUAACAAGGACGCCAUCUCCCGCCGAGUCGUGCAGGCGGCGGCGGCGGCCGUGCGCCAGAUGCGCUUCGUCGUCAAGCACAUGGCUGGCCUGACGUGCUGGAGCCUGGUGCUGCCGCUGGUGCUGUCGCUGCUGUUCGUGCUGCUGCUGCGUUGGUUCGUGGUGCCCGCCAUCUGGCUGAGCCUGCUCGGCAUCAUCGGUGGUCUGCUGGCGCUGACGGCCGUCUGCGGCGUCCGCUACCAGGCGCUGUCGGCUGAGCCCGGCGGCAAACUCACCUUCGGCGAUGUGGGCAUGAGCGCCGACCCAGCCGAGUACACGCGGGUGCCCACCUUCUGGCUGGUGCUGCUCAUCAUCUGCGCCGUGCUCUCCGUCCUCAUGCUGGUGCUGCUGAUCGCGCUGAGAAAGCGUAUCAAGCUGGCGGUGGCGCUCCUGAAGCAGUGCAGCACGGCCAUCGGAGACAUGCUCCCCAUCUUGACCGUGCCCGUGUUCAGCUUUAUCCUCCAGCUGUCUGUCUGUCUGAUGUUCGUGUUCGUCUGCCUGUUCCUGUUCGGUAGUAGCCACCAGUGGCACGUGCAGGGCGAAUGUUAUGGCUGCGGGGCUGACUACCAAGAGGGCGAAAUCUGCUAUCAGCAGGACUUCGCGGCGCAGUGCGGCGACAAAUGUCCGGACGCCGCCUGCCGCAGCAACCAGCCGCUGUUCAUCUACGCAUACAACAUCUUCGCGCUGGUGUGGGCCUUCGGCUUCGUGACGGCCAUCAACCAGAUCGCCGUGGCGAUGGCCUUCUGCACCUGGUACUUCAGCAGCAGCAAGCGGCUGCGCCUGACGGUGCCCGCACUGGCUUACGUGCACACGCUCACCUACCACGGCGGCACAGCGGCGUUCGGCUCGCUGCUAAUCACGAUCUGUCGGCUGGCGCGCUGCCUGCUGAUGGCCGCCAAAAAGCGGCUGGAGAAGUACGGCGGCUGCGCAGCGCGCACCGCCGUUUGCUGCUGCGCCUGCUGCUGCUGGUGUCUCGAGAACUGCCUGCAGUUCAUCAACCGGCGCGCCUACAUCGUCACGGCUCUGGAGAGCGUCGGCCUGUGCGUCGGCGGCAAGCGUGGUCUGCAGGUGGUUAUGCGCAACGUGGCGCGCGUGGCCGUGGCCGACUCGAUAACGGCGUUCGUGCUGCUGCUGGGCCGGCUGCUGGUCGUAGCCGGCAGCGUGCUGCUCUGCCACCUGCUGAUGGCCGCCGUGGAAGCCGAUCCCGUGCCCUGGCUGUUGCCGUCCCUCUUCAGCGCCGCCUUUGCCUACGUUGUGGCGGGCACCACAUUCGCGCUGUUCGAUAUGGGCGUCGACGCGCUGUUCUACUGCGUCAUGGUUGACCUGGAGCACAACGACGGCAGUGCGACGCGGCCGUACAUGAUGUCGGCGGGGCUGGCGUCGGCGCUGGAGGGCAACACUGGAUGGCUGGCAGCCCGCCAACGGUAG